AUGAGGCUGCUGAAAUUCUUGCUUCGUUAUUUCCCGCCAGGUCUCGCUCUGGAGUACACGCAGGGCGGCGACAUCAAGACAAAAAUGAUCGAUUUAUUCGACUUGUCAGCCGAAACGGACGUAAGAGCGUUAGCGGAAAGCAUAAAAGUGACCGAACCCUUAAUAACCGAAAGUGUAAUGGACCAGUUAGUCGAAACUCUGCAGAAACUGCAGGCUAAAGUUUGCGAUACAAAUACCAAGCGCUAUUACAAAUACAAAACCUUACAGACGCAUCUUUUGCCAGUCACUAAUAUAGCAUUCGAUAAAUUAGGUAAAAGAUGCUUGACGGGCAGCUAUGACCGAACUUGUAAAGUUUGGGACAUUGACAGUGGAGCGGAGCUUUUUACUCUCGAAGGCCAUAAGAACGUGGUCUACGCCGUCUCGUUCAACAAUCCGACUUCAGACAAAAUUGUGACUGGGUCCUUCGACAAAACGGCGAAGGUCUGGUGCUCGCGGACGGGUCACUGCCUCACAACCAUGUGGGGUCACGAUGCGGAAGUGGUGGUGGCUAAAUUCUCACCGACGCAAUGCAAGCUCGCGACCGGUUCCAUCGACGCGACGUCAAAAAUAUUCCAUAUAGAAACCGGUCAGGAAUUGGGUACGUUACGGGGACACACGGCAGAAGUUAUUGCGCUGCAUUACAACGACGAUGGAAAUCAGAUGAUAUCGGGUUCCUUCGACGGUACCGUGAACAUCUGGGAUACGAGAACAUUUGCACGAACGAGCGCGUUAAUCGGCCAUCGAGCGGAAUUGUCCAACUGCCUCUAUAAUUUUGAUUGCUCGUUGAUUGCAUCGUCCUCGAUGGAUAAAACCGCGAAAGUGUGGGAUGCAAGAAUGAAUAUUUGCUUGACUACCUUGUUGGGACACGACGACGAAGUUCUGGAUCUCGCUUUCGACAACAAUGGCAAAAGACUGGCGACAGCCAGUAGCGAUACUACCGCACGAGUUUGGGAUAUAAGCAGUAAUUUCCAACAGUUGGCUCUCAUGAAAGGCCACCGGGAAGAAAUAUCAAAAGUUUGUUUUAGUCCAAAUGGUCAUCAACUUUUAACUGCCUCCUUGGACAGAACGACCAGGCUAUGGUCCGUGGACGAUGGCUCCUGCUUUCAGCAAUUGAAAGGGCAUACCGAUGACGUUUUUGCUUGCGCAUUUUCGUAUACUGGGGAUACCAUAAUUACCGCUAGCAAGGAUAACACUUGCACGAUUUGGAGGUGA